AUGACACCUGCAUUAGAAACUGUGAAUAAAGAAAAAAAUAAAGGAGUGAGAAAAAGGCUGUUUAGUCGAUUUCUAAGUAAGCUAAACUUAAUAUCGCUACAAACGAGGGCCCAACAUUUGUACGAUCGAAUUAAUGAAAGCAUUACUUCACUUGCAUAUAUUCGAUAUUCUGAAACGAGACGACGCUAUAAUUCAAGUGAAAAAGCGAUCGAUACAACUGUGACAAUCUUUUGCAAUCAGGAAAUUCAAACGAGAAAAGUUGGUCAUGGCUCACUCAGGGAAAGUGUUUGGCCAGUGCCAUUGCUGGAAGCAAUUUUUCUACCGGAAUUCCCGAAUAAUUCACAUAUCACAGAAAAAGAUUUCUUGAUCCUGAAUUGCAUUGGAAACGGCACAUUCAGUAAAGUAUAUAGGGUAUGCUUGAAACUUGAUCACAACUUUUUAUUUGCCAUAAAAAAGCAGUCGAAAAGCGAAGUUUUAAUGAGGAACGUCAUUCAACAAGUUAAAGAUGAAGCUUCAAUACAUAGAGCUCUCUCGGAUAACGUUUUCAUCACGAAAUGUUAUGCUAGCUGGCAGUCGAGGACACAUCUCUUCACACUACUUCAAUAUGCAAUGGGUUACGGGGAUUUGUUCACGCUAUGGCGUGAUUAUGGACCCUUCAUGGAAGAUACAUUAAGAAUAUAUGGUGCCGAAAUCGCUUUUACUUUAGAUUAUAUUCACAGAAACAACGUAGUUUACCGAGAUUUAAAAAUGGAAAAUAUUGUGCUUGAUCUUGAUGGCCAUAUUCAGAUUGUUGAUUUCGGUUUCUCCAAAAAACUUUCCAAUGGAGAGCGAACACGAACGGUGUGCGGAACACUUCAAUACAUGGCUCCCGAAAUAGCUAAGGAGAAAUUUUAUGGCAAAGAAGUGGAUUGGUGGUCUUAUGGAGUAUUACUUCAUAUCAUGAAUACAAAUAGUUAUCCAUUUCCAAAUUGUGAUGUCAGUUCGCAUACUGAACUUAGAUAUGACAGUUAUAGUACUCCCUGUUGUGAUCCAAUGCUAGGCGACCUUUUCAAUAAGUUAUUGAGUGUAGACGGAGAACGAAGAAUGAAUACAUUUGCGCAAGUGAAAUCUCAUCCUUUUUUUGAAAGCAUUAAUUGGGAUGAUGUUGCACUGAAAAAGUUAGUACCAUUUGCCCAUACAGAGAAAUUGCAACGUUGUCCAAGCUACAAUUUUUUGUAUGACAAGAGCACAUCUGAUUUCAGUGACACAGAGGUAGAGGAGAACUGGGUUGCUUUUGAGGAACAAUAUGAGUUCAACACUGGCGAUUACUUUCAUGAUCAAAUGUGA